AUGAAGACGACCUGGAAGGAGAUUCAGCCCGUACCAACGAGCCAGGAAUUUAUUGAUAUCGUUCUGUCGCGGACGCAGCGCAGGCUCCCCACUCAGAUAAGAUCAGGCUUCAAAAUCACUCGGAUUCGAAGUUUCUACACUCGAAAGGUCAAAUACACCUCGGAGACCUUUUGCGAGAAAUUCCAAGCCAUACUCGAUGGCUUCCCCCGGCUCCAAGAUAUACACCCCUUCCACAAAGACCUUCUAAACACCCUUUACGAUGCCGACCAUUUCAAGAUUGCUCUAGGACAAGUCGCGACAGCCAAGAGGCUGAUCGAAACAGUAUCGAGAGAUUAUGUCCGACUGCUGAAGUAUGCGCAAUCACUCUUUCAAUGCAAAUCUCUCAAGCGGGCCGCUCUGGGCCGUAUGGCUACAAUUUGCAGAAGACUACGUGAAGCAUUGGUAUACCUGGAGCAAGUACGACAACAUUUGGGACGUCUACCGAGCAUUGAUCCGAACACGAGAACUCUUCUGAUAUGCGGCUAUCCCAAUGUCGGCAAAUCAUCCUUCCUCAAAUCUAUCACAAGAGCAGACGUCGACGUUCAACCCUACGCUUUUACAACAAAGAGCUUGUUUGUUGGACAUUUCGAUUACAAAUACCUGCGCUUCCAAGCGAUUGAUACUCCCGGUAUACUCGACCAUCCGUUAGAAGAAAUGAACACAAUCGAGAUGCAAUCGAUCACUGCGAUUGCACACUUGCGCUCUGCUAUUCUUUAUUUCAUGGAUCUCAGCGAGCAGUGUGGCUACUCUGUUCAGGCACAAAUUCAGCUUUUUCAGUCUAUCAGACCGUUGUUUGCUAACAAACUUGUUUUUAUCGUGAUCAACAAGAUCGAUGUCACCAAACCGGAAGACCUUGAGCCAGAAGUGCAAAAACAACUCCAGGACCUUGUAACAUCAAAUUCGAAUACCGAACUCCUGCAACUAUCCUGCAUCACCUCUGAAGGUAUUCAAGAAGUAAAAAACGCAGCAUGCGAUCGGCUAAUCGCUGAUCGUGUGGCCUCGAAGUUGAAGUCUGCACAAGCAUCACAGCCAGCUGAUGCAUCGACACCAACGGGUCGACUCGGUGAUCUCCUGGCACGAAUCCAUGUCGCUCAGCCACUGGGUGGCAUUGUACGUGAAACCUACAUUCCCGAUGCUGUUAAGAAUGGUGGUUUGAAGAAAUAUGACAAAGACGACCCUGAUCGCCGCAGAUUAGCCCGCGAUAUUGAAGAAGAAAACGGUGGUGCAGGUGUAUACAAUGUCGACCUAAAAGAGAAGUAUGACCUGGAAGACCCAUCUUGGAAUCACGACAAGGUACCCGAGUUCUUCGGAGGCAGAAACGUAGCAGACUUCGUGGAUCCAGACAUCGAGACCAAGCUCACUGAGCUCGAAGCCGAAGAAGAACGGCUAGAAGCGGAAGGAUACUACGACGAAAGCGAUAGCAUGGAAGACGAAGAACAAGCCGACUUGAGAACCAAAGCCGACCUGAUACGGCAGAAGAGAGCCUUGAUGAUGAACGACGCCAAGAUGCGAAAAUCACUCAAAAACCGCGCCGUCAUCCCGCGAGCAAAGAAAGCCCGAACCGUAGCACAAAUGGAGAAACACAUGUCCUCCAUCGGACUCGAUGCCUCUGGCCCCGCAGCUCGGGCACGCGCCCAAAUCCGCAAUGCACCCGCCCACCCAACAACCAACGGUGACAGUGUCGACGCGAUGGACAUCGACACGCCCUCCGCUCGUUUGCGUUCAUUGUCCCGAGCCCCCAAAACGAACCGCCUCACGGACGGACUGCAAAUGAAGGGCCAGACGGGCAUCACGGACCCGGCCAAAAGGGAGAAGACGCAGCGAAUGGCCAAGCUCAGUCAGAGGAAGAUGAACCGCAUGGCCAGACAGGGUGAGGCGGAUCGCCAUACCACCAGCGCGUUGCCGAAGCAUUUGUUUUCGGGCAAGAGGGGGAUUGGGAAGGCGAGUCAUCGGUAG